AUGACCCCCAUGCCGCAUGACCUGUCUCUGGCCCCCACCCAGUUAGAGUCUCUCUGGCUGAGAAACUGUCACGGCGUCUCCGGUUCCUGUGCCGUGCGGACCUGCUGGAAGCAGCUGUCCCCGCUCCACGACACCGGCGGUUGCUCCCAGGUUCCGCACGACACGGCCGUGCGUGUGCUGAGCGUCACCAACGAGGCCACCGGAGAGACGGAGCUGGCGGGGCCGCGCCGCCACGGCCAGAGCCACCGCUCCACCGACCUGGUGUUCCUGGAGGACUCCCCCAGCUUCUGCAGGCCGUCACGCUACUCUCCCGGCACGGCCGGACGCUCCUGUGCCAAGGACACCAGCUGCCAGAGCCUUUGCUGCGGGCGCGGCUACAACACGGCCAUGCACCUCACCACCCUCUCUUGCCACUGCCAGGUGCGCUGGUGCUGCCAUGUAGAGUGCCAGACCUGUGUCAGGGAGGAGGAAGUGUACACCUGCAAACAUACCUGA